AAAAAAAAAAAAGAAAAAAAGGGAAUCAUGGUAUGUUUCUGUUUUCUCGUUGAUCAGACGAAGAAAGUGAGCAGAAGUAGGCCGGCAGCAGGGUUUUGCUCGCGGUGCGGUGGUGGGGCUAGUGUGGCUGAUAUGAAAACUUCUACAAGGUUUUGCUUCGUCCCGUUUUACUGGAAAUCUUGGAAAGCAAUUAUAUGUACUUUUUGUGGAGCAAUUCUUCGAUCUUACCGUUGAAUUCACCUAGUACUACUACUCUGUAUCACGCUUUUGCUUUUUGCAAGGUCUAACAGUAAAUUUAGUUGGAGACCAUAGCAUGCAUGAUCUCCAUUCUUUAAUAAUUAGUUCAAGGAGUGAUUCCCUCCUUUUUCUUUUAUAUUUAUUAUAACAAAGCCUUCAAUUUUGUAUUUUCGCUUCUCUUUUCUCCUUGACUCCUCUGGUACUGGGGGCUUGUUUCUGUAACAGAAGUUCUGUUCCGAUUACUUCAAUGGAAUAAUGGAAAAAGAGCCAUUGCACAAGUAAAUUAAAAUUGGAUAAUACAUAUAGAUCUACUCUAUGACGAUGUCUACAAAUUUUCUUCUGGCAUUCUCAGAUCAGCUCAAGUAUUAUUGUUUUCGAUUAAAAAAAAAGGGAGGUGGAUGACUACUUAAAUGAAAAGGACGCGUUUGUUACAU